CGCCCGAGAGAAAACGAACGUUCGACUCGAGGCACUUUCCCCGCACUAGCCGCGUUUAAAUUUUAAAUUUUCAUAAAUAGAACUGAACUUUAUGGUGCAAUUCAAAAUAAUAGCGCACUUCCGCAUCAAUUUAGUGUUUUAUUGAUUUCUGUUUUUGUGUUGUCGAUCAGUUAUUAAAACCUGUUAGUUGUGAAAAUGUGAUCGAUUUUUUUUAACAGUAUUGUGUAAUCGUUAAGACAAUGUGAAAGUGAAAUCCGUGGUUUUAAGAAAGAUUGCACCUGCAUGAAGCGCUACCAUGAACCCGUUUGUAAAACAGCUGUUCGUGGUGAGCGGGGCAGCGCUGAACAUAGCGGGGCACGGCUGCGCACACGGCUUCCCAGCUGUGCUGUUCGCGCAGCUCGCUGUGAGCAAGGAGGUGGUGCUAACUGACCAUGAUACAUCUUGGAUAGCAUCCGUCCUCGGCGCCAUGGGGAUCGUCGGCAACUUCAUCUCUCCAGUCCUGAUGACCCGCUUCGGCCGCCAAAGAGCACACCUCAUCUCCACCGUCCCAGCUCUCUUGGGAUGGAUCUUCUUUUUCCUGGGAAACUCUGUCCCGCUCUUCAUUAUAGCCAGGCUAUUACACGGCAUGGCCCUCGGACUCAGAACUCCUCUAGCCGCCAUAUUAGUCGCUGAAUACACCGAUCCCAAAUACCGAGGAGCAUUUCUUGGGACCUUCGCCAUUUCUUUAGGAUUAGGAAUAUUUUUGUCACAUGUUUGGGGAGCACAUUUAACAUGGCGAGCGACCGCUGGAGUCUGCGCUUUGUUCCCACUAAUAUCCAUGGUAAUUAUAAGCCUAUCACCGGAAUCUGCCAGUUGGUUAGUGUCCAAGGGAAAAUUUGAAGAAGCUAAGAAGGCCUUCAGAUGGGUAAGAGGCGAAGGCGAGGUACAAAACGCGGAAUUGGAAGCCAUGAUCACGGCCCAAAAGGAAGAAAUGAAAGCAGAAAUCCAGAGGAAGGACGCAAAGAAGUUCACAUGCAACGGCAUGUUCAAAGCAGUCGUUGAUGGCAUCAAAGAUGCCUUGAGGAUAUUCAAAAGGAAGGAGUUUUAUAAGCCGGCUUUUAUUGCUAUUAGUAUGCUGGUGGUCUUCGAGUUCGGUGGAGCACACAUGUUUGCUGCCUACGGGAACAUAAUACUCUGUGCUGUUCUCGACAAGAAGAACGUCGAAGACGUGGCUUGGCAGUUCCAACUGAUGGACCUUCUGAGGACAGUUUGCGCAUUGGCUGCCAUAUUUCUGCUCAAAUUCUUCAAACGAAGGACCAUUCUGUUCACAAGCGGUGCUCUGACUGUGCUGUCACUAUCGUCUAUUUCUGUUUUUAUUUACAUGAGAAAGGCGGGUCUUAUCUUAUCGCCAUGGGUUUUAGACACAGUUCCAUUAAUAUUAAUGAUAGUGUAUGUUGUAGUUUUUUGUUUAGGUUUAGUCCCGUUGAACUGGGUGAUAUGUGGCGAAGUGUUUCCUUUAGCGUACAGAAGUUUAGGAUCAACGUUGUCCACGUUGUUUUUAACGCCAUCGUUCAUGAUAUCUAUGAAGACUGCUCCUCAUUUGUUUUCUUCUGUGGGUGUAGAAGGAGCCUUUCUAGUGUACUCAGCUACCUUAAUUGUAUUCCUAUUAGUAAUUUACGCGUUAUUACCAGAAACUAAAGAUAGAACGUUACAAGAAAUAGAAGACAGUUUCAAAGGCAAAAAGAAAGUUGAUCAAGAAGUACAAAUGACGUUAAUUAAUAAAGAGGAUAUUGUAGUUAUGAAAUGAUAAUAAAGUGUAGAUACUCAUAACAAUUUUAUAUUUAGUAUAACAUUUAACAUUAUUCUGUGAUAGAUAGGUACAAUAAUAAUUAUACAUAAUAUAGGUGGGUAAUUAGACACAUAUUAUUUUCAAGUAAUAGACAAUAACACUAAUACUUUGUAAGACUAGUCUUCAAUGACUUUUAC